UAAGUGUUUUGAAAAGUCACUGCUCCUUUAAUGAGGACACAAACAGGACCUGCCUUCCUCAACUGUCCCUCUGAAAGUAACUUCUCUUCCUGAAGGCAGCCGAGCACACUCCCUUCCUACAGGCGCCUCCCUUUCUGCUCCUUCCACUUGGACCUGCCCACACUCAGCUGGCUCCCUACCAGUUAUUGUCUGGGAACAGUGAGACACAAAGGACUUUCUGAGUUCCAUGAUCACAAGGAUAUGUUGUCUAUGAGAGCUACAGCAAAAACCAAAGGAAUUAAGCCAAAACACGUGAAGGAUCUCAUACCCCUGAUGAUACUAAUGGUGAUAAUCUUCUUGCUGCUUCUAUUCUGGGAAAAUGAGCUGGAUGAGGAUGCAGUGGCAGCAACUUUAGAGCAGUUGCAUGUGGAUUACCCUCAGAGUGACAUUCCGAUGAGGUACUGCAACCACAUGAUCAUACAAAGAGUCAUCAAGGAACCCAACAACACCUGCAAAAAAGACCAUUUCUUCAUCCAUGAGAGGCCUCGAAAUAUCAACGGUGUUUGCAAUUCUCCCAGGAGGGUGCCUUGCCAAAACCACAGCCCCGGUCUCUGCUUCCUGAGUGAAAUUGAGUUCAAAAUGACAGUCUGUAAGCUCAUUGAAGGCACCAGAUAUCCUGCCUGCAACUACCGCGUUUUCACCACAGAGGGGUUUAUUGUUGUCACUUGUGAUGACAUGAGGCCAUCUAAAAUCCAGAGAUACACUGAAUAAUCUGAGACUAGCAUCAGAGUCUGCCGUCCUCUCAUCUCCUCUCUCAGAAGCACUGCUGCUGGUUUUCCUGCACGCUGUGGACAUGGGGCCAUGCCCAGAGUGAAAUGCAUUUAUCCUUCCACUAUUGCUGAGCUGGAAUCUUUUUAUUCUGCUUCAAUAAAAAAAAAUCUACUGAAU